AUGAAUAUCAUAGAAUGGGCCUUUGGCAAACGCAUGACGCCUGCCGAACGGCUGCGGAAGCAUCAACGAGCCCUCGAGAAGACACAGCGAGAACUAGACCGCGAGCGGGUAAAGCUAGAGAACCAGGAGAAGAAACUCGUCGCCGAUAUCAAGAAGAGCGCAAAGAACGGCCAGAUCGGUGCCUGCAAGAUCCAAGCCAAGGAUCUCGUCCGUACAAGGAGAUAUAUCCAGAAGUUCUACCAGAUGCGUACUCAACUACAGGCCAUUUCUCUGAGGAUUCAGACCGUUCGAAGCAAUGAGCAGAUGAUGCAGUCUAUGAAAGGUGCCACAAUGUUGCUGGGCAGCAUGAACAGACAGAUGAAUCUUCCUGCUCUUCAACGGAUAGCAAUGGAGUUUGAGCGUGAGAACGAUAUCAUGGAUCAGCGACAAGAGAUGAUGGACGAUGCAAUCGACGAUGUCACGGGUUUGGAAGACGAAGAGGAAGGAGAAGAGGUCGUGAACCAGGUUCUGGACGAGAUAGGUGUUGACUUGAACAACGCGCUCGGCGAGACCCCAACAGGCAUUCAAAAAGCAGCAAUUCCCGAAGGCCGUGUCGCCCAAGCCAUAGGAGGUGGCGGCGAAGACGAUGAUUUACAAGCAAGACUUGACAGUCUUAGGCGGUAG